AGAGUCGAGUAUUCAAAGAAUUCCGCAGAGAAACUGCUGUAUUAAAAAAGAUUAAUGUCGAAGCCAUGUCUGAGGUGGAGCUGAUGGCCUUUUUCCUGAAUGUGUAUAAUAUGUUAACGGUCCAUGGGCUGACUAAGUUAAGACCGGCGACUGUGUUGGCCGUGAAGAACUUUUGGGAAAACACGUGUUACAACAUAGGGGGUGACAUCUACUCACUGGACAUCAUCGAACACGGCAUCUUAAGACGAAAUAAAGUGCAUCCCGACGGCAAAAAGACAGCUCUGCCCGAGGGUGACCCGCGUGCGACGUUAUUGUCGACGGCAGAUCCACGCAUUCACUUUGCGCUCAAUUGUGGGGCUAAGUCUUGUCCUCCGAUCAGAAUCUACUCCGAAAUGACUUUGGAGCGAGGCUUAAACGCCGCCACCAGAAACUUUGUGGAGAACAACACGAAAAUAGACAUGGCCAAACAAGAGAUCACCAUCAGCCAACUGUUCCAAUGGUACAAGGCUGACUUUGGUGAAAGCAUCGCUGACGUCAUGGCUUUUAUAGAGACGUACCUACCAGAAGACGAGGAGGAUGAACUACGCACACAGUACAUGACACUCAAACAGAAGGUAGACCGCGGAGAAACCGUAUCAGUCGGUUACGCACAGUACAAAUGGGCUCUGAAUGCUGCAUAGCCCAACCACCAGAACAACAACCGCCGAGCAUGGAGACAGACACCUAACUGCUAACACAAACAGGGGUUAAACAACUAGGGAUCACAAACGCACACAGUCACAGAUCAUCAUACUAGGCUGUAUCAUACUAGAUCAUCAUACUAGGAUGUAGCAUAUUAGAUCAUACUAGGCUGUAUCAAGGAGUUGUAUAUGCUCAUCCACUAUACAGACGACCAAAUAGAAUAGCAUAACUACUAUGCACAGGCACAAGCAGUCAUCAGAAGUACUUAAAAGUACUACCAACAAAUUAACGACACGCUUAAACAGUCAAGCACAACUACUAACCAUAGGCACAAACAGUCAUCAGGAAUACUUAAAUGCACUACUAACAAAUCACAGUUAUGAAUGGCAAUUUCUUCACGAGAAAAGGUGACGUAGAAGCAUGAAAAUAAUGUGAUAAAUACAAGUUUGAUAAAGAUGCGUGUGACGAAAUGAGUGUGAUCAGAAGAAAUGCGACAAAGAUAAGUGCGGUAUAGACAAGCGUGUUAAAGACAAGUAUGUUAAAGAUGAGUGUGUUGACGAUAUGCGUGUUUUAGACAAGCGUGCUGUAGACAAGUAUGUUAAAGACAAAUAUGUUAAAGUUGAGUUUGUUAAAGACAAAUAUGUUUAAAAUGAGU